AUGCCAGUCGAUUGCAACGAUCCCCAUCUAGAACUUUCGGAAGAAUUCUUCAGGUUUAUAUUGUGUGUAUCUAAUCAGUUGUCCGGUUGUCCAAAUCAAAUUAUCAUAAUGCAACGUCCAUCACAAAAUUCCGGCUACCCAAGCAUGCCCACUAUGCCAGGACAGAUGCCGCCCAAUCCCGGGUAUGGAAUGCCCAUGCAGCCUGGACCUGGUUUCCCGCCCGGUCAGGUCCCACCACAGAACAUGCCACAUAACGCAUGCUUCAUGCCAGCAGCUACAAUCCGGAAAAUAAGCAACACGACCCCGCCACGUUUCGAUCCCAGUUUUCAGCCAAAAUAAUUUGUUAAGCCGAAUCUCUCUUGUAACUACAUGAAUAGUAAUACAUAAUGAUAAGCCGUAUUUAUAUUAUAUUUAGAUUUUCAAUGUAAAGCAAUUGAUAAAUAAUAUAUAAUGUAAACGAACAUCGAUCGAUAUUUAUUGCAAGUCGGUGAAGCGUAAUUAAGUUUAAUAUUAAAUAUAAUAAAUAUUU